CUAGCCCACUGAACUCCGAUAGACAUGGCGUCCUCCAGCAGCUCCUCCAGCUCCUCUGAUGUGUCCCCGGACUCUGAGACAUCGGUGUCGCCGGUGCAACUGCCCCCAACGCCACCACCAACUUCCACCGCGGUUCUCAAGUCGCCCACCGAGUCCAAGUCGAGCUCGACCAACCCGGCGCAGUGGACCUGCUCCGAGGACUCGCUGCCCUCUGCCGCCUUCUAUGGGCCCCUGGACAGUAAAAACCCGCUCCUGGCAUCUUGCGAGAAGGAGAUCCGGGAGCUGUUGGGCUUUAUGAAGAAGAAUAAGGCUCUAACUACCUCAGAGGAACAGAAGCACGAAUUCCAUCGGAGGUGUGCCACCACUCUGUUUAAUAUCUGGACCAAAUACGCCCCCAGGCUGCCAACGGACUAUUACAACGAGAAGCUUUUGAAGGUUGGAGACAGCCUCUGUCAAAUAAAAGAAUACAAGCUGGCUCUUCUGCAGUGCUACGGGCGGUAUCUCCAGGAGUUCAUUACUGAUUUCGACGAGCAGAAAGAAGACGUAAAUCAUUUCAAAACUGUCUUCUUCCCAAAAGGCUUUGGAGAUGAAACGGCUAGACUUACAUUUCAUGCUUUGAGUGGAAAAAAUAUUUGCAACUACCAGCUGGUCUGUGAAAGUGAUGCCAACCUGAAGAACGAAGAAUCUGUGAGACAGUGUCUGCACAUUUUGUCUUCCUUUAGGCUCAUCAUGCAGGUGGCUCUCCCCCAGGAGCACCUCUGCUGGAUUGUCUUCAACGGUACCCUUUACAUCUACACCAUUUGUCGAAAGCUGAUGAUCAUAGGACAGUCUUCCAAGGCCUUAGAGUUCCUGCUGUGGGCCAGCAUGUGCAUGGAAUCCUCUGUCCCGCUCCUGUCUGUCAGGUACCUUUCAUGGAGAGCCACUCUCUACACUGCUGUCUGCCAGUGCCACUACGACUGCCAGGCCGGCAUCCACGGGGAGGCAUUUGCUCGGCGUGCGUUAGCCAAAAUUGAUGAGUUAAGGCAACUGGAAUUAAUGAGCUCCUCCGCGUCUAUGGAAACCUCCCGAAAAUAUUACAGAGAGGCCACGAUAAAGAUGGCCGUGAUGAUCUUUAAAAGAGGAGUAUUUGAGUCUAGAAGAAAAAACAAAAAUGUGUUCAGACCGAAGAUAAGACUCAACCUAAAGGAAGCUCAAAGCUUGCCCUGGCCACGGACGGUCACUGAACGGCUGCUGGAUGAGCUUCUUGACAGCACAUCCUCCCGGUUUCUGGCUGUCUUGGAGGCCCUCUCUGACUCAAACAGGCGAAUCCUGCAGACCGGACCGCUGGUUACUGACGAAAUGGAACUGCGCGAUGUUGUGUCGGAGCUGUUUAUGGCCGGAAAAGAGCUUUUGAUACUUUCAAAUGUUGGUUCGAGUGGAAAACUCGAUUUCCCUCAAACAAGUCUUCAGGAAAAUGUAGUAGAAAGGAAAAAUAUUAUUUCUGUGGAUGCGUCUGUGAAGUUUGCAAAGUUGGCUUUCACUUACGAAGAAUGGGGAUUAUUUGAAUCACUAGCGGGACAACUUAUUCAGUUUCUCCAGAAGCAGGCCAGCCCCGAGUCAAAGAAAGCCAAGAAGGAUUUAAUUCUUCUGCUUGCGGUCGAGCCGCUGAUCAAUGUGAAGAAAACCAGAGGUUUGAUCUUUCCCUUGGAUACUGACAAGGAGACACAGUCCGUUCAAAGUUACCUAAAACACAUAGCUAGUCACGAGUCUUGUGUGAGGACCACAUUCACCGAAGAUAUCUUUAGCUUGGCAGCAAUUCUUCACUUCUGUGUCUGUAACCCUACCAAGGGUGUUCAGCCGGAUAAGGACAUCGUGGUGGACGUAAUAGCGCUCUUAUGGCAGAGAUGCAAGCUGGGAAUUCAAAGGCUCAACAUACCCAAAAACGACUUUGCAAAAUAUACUCAUAAGAUCAGCACUAACAAAUGGGUUUAUCUCCUGUGGCAGAUAAGCGAGGUGAUGCAUUGCUAUAAACUGGAAGACCUGGACAUCGUGAUGGUGGCAGAGAUCACGUUACGAUUAAGUGAAAUACUAGAGUCUCUGGGAAACCCGAAAAGAAAAUUCAAAAAAUCUGCAGAUUUAUCUACAAAGAAAGGGCCUGAUGAGGUGUCUGGGACUUCAAAGGGGGUCCUGGAAAUCCUUCCAAUAUUAAAGCGAACACCCGUGGAGCAGCUGUUUUAUGCGUAUGAACUCCUUGAUAAAUCAAUCACUGGCAUGAACUGGAAUUGCAUGUUAACUACUCUGUCAGAUGGAUCAUCUGUAAUUGACCAUUGCUAUGUCAAGGACUCUCAUGACGUAGAUGGAGACACGUACAAGCCGAUCUCAUCGAACAGCUACAUGAUGGACCUGCAUCUUGAAUUAAUUCAAGCUCAGCACCGCAUAGCAGUUGUGCUUCUCGACCAACUGGAAGUUUUGCAGACUCCAGCUGUUAGCACAAACACUUCUGCCAAAGGUUGGGAAAAAUUAAAGAAGCCCAGAAACACCGAGUGUUUCUCAGAGUUAACUGUAAUGAAGAAAAUAAAGAAGAACAAGCUGUCCAAAGCCGUCUACCUGAUGCAGAAGGCUCUUUUACUAUUUGAGAAAGACACGGUGUGCGAGACUUCAUGGAACUUGUUGAUGGAAGCCUGUGCCUUAAUUGAGAAGGUCGAAGCAGAACAAAAUGCCCUAUAUUCCUAUCAGAAGUACUUGGAGAGUUCAAAAAUAAAGAAGACCCGAAUCCCUCCCCCACCCAUCCUGCUGGCUCGCACACACUGCUCUGUGACUCUGAAGCCUGCACCGUUCAUCUCAGAUGUUAAGGCGUCCUGGUACUGUAUUUUGGGUUGCAAAGCAGAAGGAAGCUACGGGAAAGUAAGGCUGAACAACAACCAUCUCCCAAACUCAGGAGAAGCGAUACCAGCCGAUGGCAGAAGCUUCUUUGAAAUUAAAGGUCUGGAGACGAACGCAAACUACAUUUUUGCGAUUGCUGCUUACUCUUCCAUCGGGAAACUCAUUGGCGAUGCCAUCGGGGAGACAACGAAGCCAAUUCUCAUUUACCCGACUCUCUCUGCUGUCACCGCUCGGAUGUACCUGACACAGGUCGCUUAUCAGAUCGGUAACUACGAGAUGGCCAAGAAAGUGUUCUCACCAGUCUGGGAUUAUUUCGUUGCCUCUCCAAUACAGGACGAGCAGUCGGUUAUCUGCCUAAGUAACAUUAUGACAAUAACGCAGAGAAGGUUUCAUUCCAACAUCUUGGCAAACACUUCUUCGAUCCUCUUAUACCUCUUCCUCAGAAAUAUCUUUGUGAUGAGCGACAUUAAAAUUAAAGAGGAGAAUCUCUUCUGUGAUAAUAUCAAAGGCAACGAGAUUUUCCCUGCCCAGCAGGUCGCUAGACUGGUGGAAUGUGAGAAUGUGCUGGUGGCUCUGGAGCUUAGCAAUUUCCUCAAUGAUGCCAACUUCGCCCUUCAAGCAGUGACCCAGUGCUACGGGCUCCUCGCCCCCAUCAUCUACCACAAUAUCGUUUUGGUACCUGUCAUCCAGAUCUUGAUAAAAUGUAUUGUGGUUUUGCAAGGAAUACCAAGUAUUGUUCACUCAAAGAAAAGUGUUUCAAGCUUUGAAAGUAUACAGCACAUGAUAGCUUGCUGCAUCUUCUACAUGACAAAGAUUCUCCGUUCCUGGAAGGAAUAUGACCUGGCAAUAAUGCUUAUAUAUUAUGGGAAAAAGAUGUUGGAUAUCACAUCAGCGUGCAAGUCUCUUUUUGGUGUUGAGCAAGAGGAAAAUACAGAGGAGGGUACUUGUUCUAAGAAAAUUUCAAAAACCAAGAAGCCACAGCAGGUGCUGUUGCCUGAAAAGAUAAACGAACAGCUGGCCCUGUUGGAGACACAUCUACUCAAAAUGACAAAGCAAGUUCCCUCAACUGAACUAUCUGGAUCGGAGGACCCAAUUUUCCUGUACCCUGUGGUUUUAAACUGGACGGUGAAGGGCGCCAUGAAGGAAGUCAUGAAAUUUAAGCAAAGACCAAGAUUCCUGGAAUUCUUUACACAAAUUAUGCUCAAAUGCAUGAACGAUGAGAAGUUUCACCUCAUGGUGGAGUUAUCUGGCCCUGUUUGUGACUUCUUGAAAAGGAGAAAUGAGUCCCUUAUUGGAGUGAGAAGGAUAAAAUAUAAGGAGAAUAUCGUUUAUAGGAAGGCACUCAAAUCUCCCAGGAAGUUUAAAGCCAUAGUGAUCGAGAUAGGGAGGUCUUCAGACUUACCAAGAAGACGAAGGAAGAAAAAGGAAACUCUAAAAGACUUUUUCUACAAGAAUCCAUCCAUUUUUGACAUGGCAGAGCUGGAAAGAAACAGGAGAACUGAUGUUAGAAAAAUGGCGUAUCGAAGCCUGACAGACAACCUGAACCCCUUAAUCUUACAUUAUGUUAAAAGAAAAAGAUUCCAUCAAAUACUUCUUGAAGAGCUGCCUUGGAGAGCUCAGAUGAACUUGUAUCUGGCAAACGCACACUUCCAUUUGUUUUUACAAAAGCUGACCGAGCGCACAAAGAUGAGACUCAGUUCUUCGCAUUCGAGUGUCAGUUUCCGGUCAUGUGACCCUAACCUCUUCUCACUAUUCCACUCUGGAACAGUGUUACCAACAGCAAAGCUGACUGUUGAGAGCUACAAAGCAAUGAUGGAUGUCUUUAAUGUCUCUAAGAAAAAGAAAUACAACCAACCCACAGAUAUAGAAGAUUUAUCUGCACUCUUCAAUUCCAAAAGCGAGGAUAAUGUUUCCAAGACGAAAACACAAACAAUUUAUGAAUCAGAGUCUCAACUAGGCGUUGGCGUUAAUGCCAAAGAGAAGGAUCGAAUGCUGACUUGGGGACUGGAUCAUUUUAUGAAAAUCUUCUCAUGUUGCAGGAGAGCAAUGGUUCUUGCUUACCGUGGUGGCUACUGGACUCUACUGCAGAAUUGCUGCAGGGUCUUCUGGAACUUUUCCCGGGAGCUGCAAAUGCUUCUGAAGCAGACUAUGGAUACUUGCAAAACUUUUCCUAUUAGCCAGGAUAGCUUUCUCUGCAUCUGCGUGUUACCCUUUUACCUGGGCACAGAACUACUUAUUGACAUGUUAAUAAAACUGCAAAGCACCAAUUCUGUCAAGUCGUUCGAGGAGAAAGGCGAGUUCAGCAUUCCCAGCUGUUAUGGGAACAUCAAAUCUGAUAAUGGAGGUUCCAGCCUGAUUUUUGAACAUCCUUUGGAUGACGUCAAUGUGGUGGAUUUGAGAUGGAUCCAUGACUUUGUGUUGAAGUCUCUGGAGGUUCUGUACCAAGUGGAGAAGUGGGAAACACUGGUGUCUCUUGCCAUUCAGUUCAACAUCAUUUCACAUGAGAGGUACACAGAGCAAGUGACCCCACUGUUGGUGUAUGCGCAGCGCCAGCUGGUCCUGAGGAUACAGCAAUUGAAUGGCCCCAAUCUCUCCCAUCAGGCUUGUGCCAGAUAUGAGGCUGAAAAUGGAGAGAAGAUCACCUGUCGAAACUUCAUUGGGAAGCAGCUCAAGAUUGAUCAUUCCACACCCAAGAACCUGCCUGAGUUAGAAGGCAAUUCAGACCCACUGAAGAUGCUCAUCAUUUCAGAGCAUAAACGAGCCAAACAGAUUGUCUCUGUGCCCCUGGACGUGAACGACACUUUGAGAUGCUUCAGAGAGACCCUGGAAAAGUCCAAAUAUCACAACAGAUCCGUCCGACACAGCAGAAAGCUGCUUUCUUUAUUUCUUGCACAGACACAAGGUGAAAGAGGAGGGAUGGACAACUCGAAACUUACCCCAGGGAAGGUGGAGUUUUGCCUGGGAACAGAAGAGAUGCACAUGCCAACACCUCCCGACCUUUCCCAAGAAAACUUCCGAGUUUUUAGUUCAGUGGAGAAAAGCAAACUUCCAUCUUCACAGCUGGGGCUGGUCAUUUCUUCCUACUACCAAACUAUUGAUGUUCUCCAAGCCAGUAAUCAAAGGAGCCUUAAAGUCCAGACAUUGCAUUCCCUCGGAAGCCUCCUCAUCUUUGCAGAUAAGAAAAGGGCUGCCUUUAAAUGUUGGAGCCAAGCUCUUGAUGACAUCUUCAGAAAACCAGACGUUCUGCACAACUGGAAAGAAUUUGGCACCUCCCUCCCCAAUGCCACCAGCGGCUCCUCACCUCCUGGUUUCAAAGACUACAGUGAAGAAUUUCUAUCAAAAUUUGGCAUCUGGGGGUGUUUGCAAGGGGCAGUGAUCUCAGCGAAGAUAGCGCAGUUUAUUAAGACGGCGAAUGUUAAGAAAAGAACCAACUGUUGUAUAUUGUCUGCGUUGCUCUUUCAGAGUCUGCUUCGUACGACGCUCCCACAUCCCAAAGCCGAACGUAACUAUGCUCAGUACGAAAUUACUCAGCUCCUCCCUGGCAUUGAGCUCUUCUCGGACAGAUUCAGGGCUGACAUCUGCAGUGUUAUCGCAAGCCUGUACUACGUCAUCCGAGAACUGCACUACGCUAAGUACAACCUCAUAGUUCUGCCUCUCCUUGCACUGUACCAAUAUUUUGUGUCUGUCAUUUGCCAAGACAUAGUCAGAAAUCUAGAAGCAAGAAUCCUCAAGAUCGAAAUCCUUAUAGAUUUAGGCUUCUUUUCGGAAGCCUUUUAUGAACUAUCCCAGAUUUAUCAUGGAAAAAACAUGCCGUGCGACAUCCCUGCUGGCUAUAAAGCAACAACGAAAGUUAAGAUAACUCAAUCAUUCGAUUCUGGAAAACCUCUCACUAAUAAAGACAACAUGCAGGCCCUUGAAGAGCUAAUAAACAAAGGCUUGCCCCCUAUUCUGGUUAAUCUUGGCUUCCAGCACCUCUUAAAUAAAUUUAAUUUUGUCAAGUCACACUUCUUCAUAAGCUUGGCUGGGACGGUAAACUGUAUCCCCGAUAACUCACUGAAAAUAAUGUACCACACGGUUGUUGACAAGAGCAAACCCACCUCCCAAAGCCUAAAAGAUAAUGAAAACUCUCACGGUCAGUUUUUGCGAUUUAGAGAUGAAUACACGCUUAACACCAUCAAGUCCAUUUUACUUAUGGAGGCUGAGGACAAGGUCAACUCCCUGUUGUCCGAGAUAGAGCACCAGUGCCACAAGCCCCUCUAUCUGUCCUCUGUUGCGGAGCUGGAGAUCAUGGUGGAGGGCAGGCUGCACCUGGCAGCAAUUGCCCUGCAGAGAUACCGGCCAGCUUACAGCGCUGCUAUAAUAUAUUCCACACUGAAGCUUCUCCAGGAUUCGAAGGUGUUUAAAAAGAGACAGCCUGAAGAAUCAUGCAGCCCCAUCUCUCCAGAAACUUCUACCACAGAAAGUAAAGAUGACAGCGAGUUUUUAGACCCCAUUUCCCUGAACUCCCGGGAAUACUUCAAUAUUCACCUUUGGCUGAGAUGCCGCUUGAUGCUGGUGACCUCGUUCGUCGCACAGAUUCGUGGUAUUGGAAUCAUGAAAGAGAGUGAGUUGACGGGCUGUCUGAGCCUUAUCAAUGAAGUGUGCACGGAGGCAAAGAGCGCCGAUGACACGGAGGUUCUAGCCGAGUUCCUAAUGCAAGCUGUGAUCCUGGGCCUUCAGGAGAAGCACUUUAAGGCAGACAUCAUAAGAAAGCUUCAGGAAAUUAUCAGUUUGCUGGAAGGCAGCGAAUUCCUUUCUCCCAGAUCUUGGUUAACCCUGGCAAAAAGCCUCAUUCUGAUGGAUGACUUAACAAAAGCCGAGAAAUUCAAGAAAGCAUCUUCAAAAGAGAACAAAUUAAUUUUCUUGAAUCAAGCUCACAGAAUUCUUAUUGCACAGAUGUUAACUUUUGGAGAGACCAUUGAGUUCCCCCUCUCAGAUGCCGACUACGCGAGCCCAUUACAGCCCUUGAAGAAUAUCUACCUUCCUCAUGUGAUGUUACUGGCCAAAAUAAAAUUGAGGAUUGGACACACCUUGGCCAAGCAGGUAUCUUUUGGCGGCAAGAGGAAGGACAUCAGUAAGUGGCUGCCUGUUCUUCACAUCUUUGACAUGGCUUUGAAGGUCUGUAGGGCAACCGCCACAGAAGAAUAUGAAGUGGAGGCUGAAAUUCUGUUUCAGAAAGGCAGAAUAGAGCGCCAAAUGCUGAUGGAAGAGAAAUCUCCAAUUGCACACGUAGAGAGUUUUUUCGAAGCUAUUCAAAUAAGUCUGAGAAAUGAUCAGAACCCAGGGUUGAUAAGGGAUUCCUACCUUGAAAUUGCCCUGAUGUAUUUCUAUCUGAAGAAGCCAAGGAAGAAGGUUUCAGCAACAACACUCAAGCCUCUUCCCAGAAGGCUCAGUUCUUUUAAAGAACCAGUAGCAACUCGAUUGGAGAUGUAUAGCUCACUGGCCUGGAUUGCAAUAAGAGCUGCUGCACAGGUCAGUGAAUCUGUGCUGGGGAUCAACCUCCUGAUAGGAAAGAAGAAUGCCAGGACUGACAAAGUCAAUAACAUGACAUUGCCAACCAUUCCAGAGUUUGCCGCUGUGGAUCUUCUGUCUUCGUAUACAGAUUAUUUACUCGAAAACUACCAAGUUGUUUUCCAGACUUCCAGUUCAAUUAUGUGCGAAAAUACUGAUGUGUAUGACUGUUUAGAUGGUAGAAAGAGGAAUCUCUCCAAAGUGGAUAUUACGUGGAUCCUUCUCAUUCGCUACUAUAUUCACCUACAAAGAAUCAACAACAUGAGCAAACUGCUAGCAUCUGCAACUCCAGUCUCUGGGAUUUCUUUGCCUGAUGACACACUCCUCACAUCCCUGUACAACGCUGAACUGAUUUUUCGCCAAAAGGAAAUGCAUCUUUUCCUGAAACGAUUCUUACAGCUCUACGCUUCUUCAUGCAUCGAUGGGUUUCCAAGGGAACUUCUUCAAGGUUUGGAAAACCUCAUUCCACUAGAGAAAGUUCUGUUUGAAUCAUCUGGCAAGGUUCAUCGGGACAGUUCCCUGCAGUCUGAUUUAUCUGGAAAGCUUGCUGGCAGCCCAUCUUACACAGAGAUCUCAUCAGAAAUGGCGGUUCAAGCUUUAAACAAAGAACUUUGCUUUCAGUGGUAUAUUCCUCCCCUGGACAAACCUCCGAAGGAUGCAGAACCUAUGGUUUUAUUAUUGUAUGCCUAUAACCUGAAGCCCCUGAAGAUUACAGAUAUUAAAGUGCCUACCGGUAACAACCUGUGUGUUGGCACCUCCUGGAUUCCACUGAGGAGAGUCAUCGAAGUUCAUGAGAAACUAUCUAAUCUUGCACAAAUAGCCGAGAUAUCCUUACCCUCAGUUCCUGAAGUUACUUCAGAGGAACAUAUCUACGAAUCAGUAGAAUCUGAAGAUAAAACGAUUGAUACAGACAUGGAAAACAUGAUCCUCGAAUGUUGCUCUGAAAUAGCAGCUCUGUUUUCCACUGACAAAGACAAAGACAAAGACCCCUCGCCACUGACCGAGGUGCCAUUUGAUGUCUCCCUGCCUGCGAUAUUCAGCCUCGAGAGACUCUUUGAUCUUGCGAAUGGUUGUAUUGUGUCAAUAGGAAGCCUUUUCAACUGGGUGGUGUCACUUCUUCCCUGAAUAUCCUUUACAAAGUAACUGUUUAGGGGGGGCUUCAUUGUUAUUCAUUUUGUUGUUCAAAAUAAAUUUCUAAAUUUUUAAAUCUCAUAAAUACCAAUACUCCCUGUUAUAUUGAACUGAAGAUAUUCUGUUAUUUGGCUUGGGAAGAAUGUUUUUGGGCUUAUAUGGUACUUGCUUCAGAGGGGUUCUCAGCAGAGAACGAUUGUACUAGCUUUGGAAUUCUGUAGACCUGGGUCUGUGUUGGACCUUUACUACCUGCUUGCUUUGUAUCUUUAAAGAGUUAGCUUCAAUUCUUAUGUUUCUGCAUCUAUAGAAUGGAGAUACGAGUGUCUAUCUCCCAGCACUGUUGGUAUGUACUAAAGUAAGUGAGGUAGCAAAAUGAGGUGCUUAGCUGUGUCCUGAUGAAGUAAGAGACCCUGGAGUGGCACUUUGCUGGUAAACUGGAAGGAGAGCAGGCUUUUUGACUGUUCAUCUAACAUCCAACAAUGCUGUACGCUAAUCCUUCCCAGGCUCUGACAUAUGAAUGGAUACGUGUAAAAAUAAAAUAAUCAAUAAAUAAGAAAAACCAAUGUGCAA